AUGGGUGACGUGUCACAGGGGCAAUUGAUCAAAAACCUGCAUAUCGAGCGAUACUGGCGCAGUUUUGAUGAAAAUGAACGGAAACAGUGUAUCAAAGCAGGCGCAGCUGAUGGUGUCGUUCUCAAGCAUUCUUUGGAUCGAUCUCUGGGCAAUGUGUACAAGAUAAUCCCGGAAAUCAAUCUGCGCGAUCUCACGACCCGUGAAUCUAACAGCUUCUUGGCCCUCUUCGCCCAUCGUGCCACAAAUACCCUCCUUGACCAAUACAGCACUGGCCUGAACGGGAGGCCUGGAGAUCACGACUUCAUCAAGCACAUGAUGGAUACCAGAACUCUCGGCCUUCCCAAUCCCGAUAGGAAUGGUUUGACGCUUUUCUACGAUGAAGAUCGUUAUGGUGAAUCUAUGACAAUCAUGCGUAAUGCAUCCGAGGUCUUCGCUGGGCUUUCGAGUGCCAUCCAGGCUAAUCUUUGCGUUCCUCAAGAGCGUGGUGAACUCAUACUGCAAAGACAACUCUACAUGCUCCAGAGUCUUAACAUUAUAAUCGAAGACAUCUUAUAUAUCGGCUCAAGAACGCGGGACCGAAAGAAGCUACCUCAGAAGUCUGGCAAGUCUACGGUAUCAGCACUUUCAAAGCUCAGCAUUCAAGAGCCGGCAAAACCCCCCUCUCUCCCUGAAAUUAUCAAUAACGCAGCGGAUCAAAGAGCAAGGCUGCAGGAGUACUUGACCUUGCUCUCAACUGAACCCGUCGUCCUCACUCAUGAUGUCAACAUUUGCUUUUUCAGCCGUCCUGAGCUCCUUCCUGACGAGAGAGGCCGUAUCUUGCCCGUUCAUACCGACAAGUACAUUAGCGGCGCGGUUCUCGAAGUAGUUUACAACUCGGUCAAAGCGGUCGCCAUCUGGGACUACAUAGGUCGCCUUCUCGCCCUCCUGGAAUCACAGCCGUCCACAAACAAGAUCUGCAGAGCUGUGAUCCUUCAAGAGCUGUCCAGUGUCUGCCAUCUAGAAUACGGUCGGGUCCAAGCUCUCUUCAGACGAAACGUCCAAACAGCCAGCAGUAUCAAGUAG